AUGGAAGAGGAUAAAACUUUUCAAUCAAUUAGAAUUUCCGAAAAUAAUAAUAAUAAUAAUAAUAAUAAUAAUAAUAAUAAUAAUAAUAAUAAUAAUAAUUUAAAUAAUAAUAAUGAUAAUGAUUAUGAUUAUGAUUCAAUAAAUAAUAUUGAAGAAAAAUUUGAAAAUGUUUCAAAAGAAUUAGAAGGACAAUCAAUCAAAUUUAGAGAAAUUGAUGGUGGUAAAAAUAAUAAUAACCAUGAUAUUGAGUUGGGUGAAAGAAAACCAGAAAAUGAAGAAGAUUUUAAAUUAAGACAAUAUUUUGAGGAUUCUCAAAGACAAAAAAUGUUAAUUAAUCAUAAACCAAAGAAAAUGGGUGUUUCAAUUAAAAAUUUAACUGUUGUUGGUCAAGGUGCUGAUAAUUCUGUAAUUGUUGAUAAUUCAACACCAUUUAAAGCUUUAGGAAAAUUAUUAAAUCCUUUUAAUUAUUUUAAAAAAGAUAAAAAUAAAAUUAAUACAUUUAAUAUAUUAAAUGAUAUUAAUGCAUUUAUUGAAGAUGGUAAAAUGUUAUUAGUAUUAGGUAGACCAGGUGCAGGUUGUUCAACUUUAUUAAGAGUAAUUGCAAAUCAACGUGAAUCAUAUAUUUCAGUUGAUGGUGAUGUAACAUAUGGUAAUAUUGCAGCAAGUGAUUGGUCAAAAUAUAGAGGUGAAACUCUUUAUACAGGUGAGGAAGAUAUUCAUCAUCCAACUCUAACAGUUCGUGAAACAUUGGAUUUUACAUUAAAAUUAAAGACACCAGGUAAUCGUUUACCAGAAGAAAGUAAAAGAAAUUUUAGAACUAAAAUCUAUGAAUUAUUAGUUAGUAUGUAUGGUUUAGUGAAUCAAGGUGAUACAAUGGUUGGUAAUGAAUUUGUUAGAGGUUUAUCAGGUGGUGAAAGAAAAAGAAUAACAAUUACAGAGGCUAUGGUUUCAGGUUCAUCCAUUACAUGUUGGGAUUGUUCAACCAGAGGUUUGGAUGCAGCAUCAGCCUAUGAUUAUGCAAAAUCCUUAAGAAUCAUGUCUGAUACAUUAGAUAAAACUACAAUUGCAUCAUUUUAUCAAGCAUCAGAUUCAAUUUAUAAUUUAUUCGAUAAAGUUAUUGUUUUAGAUAAAGGUCGUUGUAUUUAUUUUGGUCCAAUUGGUUUGGCAAAACAAUACUUUUUAGAUUUAGGAUUCGAUUGUGAACCACGUAAAUCAACUCCAGAUUUUUUAACUGGUAUUACAAAUCCACAAGAACGUAUUGUUAAAGUUGGGUUUGAAGGUAGAGUACCAGAGACUUCUGUCGAUUUAGAAGAUGCUUGGAAGAAAUCACAAUUAUUCCAAUCAAUGAAACAUGCUCAAUUAGAAUAUGAAAAACAAGUUGAACAACAAAAACCAUCUGUUGAUUUUAAAGAACAAGUAUUGAAUGAAAAAAGUAGAACAACUUCUAAAAACUCUGAAUAUAGUUCUAGUUUUUAUGCUCAAACAAUUGCUUUAACUCAAAGACAAUUAAGUUUAACUUGGGGUGAUAAAUUUACAUUAACUUCACGUUUUCUAACUAUUCUUGUAUUAUCAUUUAUUUUUGGUGGUAUUUAUUUCCAACAACCAUUAACAACGGAUGGUUUAUUUACAAGAGGUGGUGCUAUUUUCACUUCUAUCAUUUUCAAUUGUAUUUUAACUCAAGGGGAGCUCCACGGUGCUCUAUCAGGUCGAAGGAUCUUACAAAAACAUAAAAGCUAUGCUCUAUAUCGUCCUUCAGCUUAUUUUGUUUCACAAAUUCUAAUUGAUAUUCCAUUUAUAUUGGUUCAAGUAUUUUUACAUUCAUUCAUAGUUUAUUUCAUGUAUGGCUUUGAAUAUCGUGCUGAUAAAUUCUUUAUAUUUUGUUUCACAUUGGUUGGUGUAUCAUUAUCAAGUGCUUCAUUAUUUAGAGGUUUUGCAAAUUUUACUCCAUCUUUAUUUACUGCACAAAAUUUAAUGAAUUUUGUUUUCAUUUUUGAAGUAAAUUAUUUUGGUUAUUCUCAAACUCCAGAUAAAAUGCAUUCUUGGUUUAAAUGGACUUAUUAUAUUAAUCCAUUAGCAUAUGCAUUUAAAAGUUUAAUGAUUAAUGAAUUUAAAGGUUUAGAUUUUUCAUGUUUAGAUAGUGCUAUUCCAUUUGAUCAUUUUAAUAAUUCAACAUAUUCUGAUAUGUCACAUAGAAUUUGUGCAGUACCAGGUUCAAUUGAAGGUUCUUUGUCUGUUAAAGGUGAAAAUUAUUUAUGGGAUGCAUUACAAAUUAAUAGUGAUCAUAGAGCAUUAAAUGUUGUAGUAAUUUUCUUAUUUUGGUUAUUUUAUAUUGGAUUGAAUUUAUUCGCCGUUGAAUAUUUCGAUUGGACAAGUGGUGGUUAUACUCAUAAAGUAUAUAAAAGAGGUAAAGCUCCAAAAUUAAAUGAUGUUGAAGAAGAAAGAAAUCAAAAUCAAAUCGUAAAGAAAGCAACUGAUAAUAUGAAAGAUACUUUAAAGAUGAGAGGUGGUCUUUUCUCUUGGAAAUCAAUUUCUUAUACUGUACCAGUAGCUGGAACAAAUAAAUUACUAUUGGAUGAUAUUAUGGGUUGGAUUAAACCUGGUCAAAUGACUGCUUUGAUGGGUUCAUCAGGUGCUGGUAAAACAACCCUACUCGAUGUAUUGGCAAAAAGAAAAACCAUGGGUACUGUAACUGGUGAAUCAUUAUUAAAUGGUAAGCAAUUGGAAAUUGAUUUUGAACGUAUCACUGGUUAUGUUGAACAAAUGGAUGUUCAUAAUCCAGGUUUAACAGUUAGAGAGGCAUUAAGAUUCUCUGCAAAACUUCGUCAAGAACCAUGGGUACCAUUAAAAGAUAAAUAUCAAUAUGUUGAACAUGUUUUAGAAAUGAUGGAAAUGAAACAUUUAGGUGAUGCUUUAAUUGGUACUUUGGAAACUGGUGUUGGUAUUUCAGUUGAAGAAAGAAAAAGAUUAACAAUUGGUGUUGAAUUAGUUGCAAAACCACAAAUUCUCUUCCUUGAUGAACCUACAUCAGGUUUGGAUGCUCAAUCAUCAUAUAAUAUUAUUAAAUUCAUUCGUAAAUUAGCCGAUGCGGGUAUGCCAUUGGUUUGUACAAUUCAUCAACCAUCAUCAGUAUUAUUUGAACAUUUCGAUCGUAUUCUUUUAUUGGCUAGAGGUGGUAAAACUGUUUAUUUCGGUGAUAUUGGUGAUAAAUCAAAAACUUUAACAUCAUACUUUGAACGUCAUGGUGUUCGUCCAUGUACUGAAAGUGAAAAUCCAGCAGAAUAUAUUUUAGAAGCAACUGGUGCAGGUAUUCAUGGUAAGACCGAUGUUAAUUGGCCAGAAGCUUGGAAACAAUCAUCAGAGUAUCAAAAUGUUGUCAAUGAAUUGGAUCUUUUAAGAACAAAAGAAGAAUUGGGAAAAUAUAUUUUAGAUAGUGAUUUGCAAGUCGAUGGUAAGCAAGCACCACCAAGAGAAUUUGCAAAUGGUUUCCUAACUCAAUUCAUUGAGGUUUACAAACGUUUAAAUAUCAUUUAUUAUCGUGACGUUUUCUAUACAAUGGGUAGUUUUGCUCAAAGUGCUGUAUCUGGUUUAGUAAUUGGUUUCACUUUUUAUGAUUUAAAAAAUAGUUCAUCCGAUCAACAACAAAGAAUCUUUAUGAGUUGGGAAGCAAUGAUUCUUGGUGUAUUAUUGAUUUAUUUGGUUUUACCAAUGUUUUUCAUUCAAAAAGAAUAUUUCAAACGUGAUACUGCUAGUAAAUAUUAUUCAUGGCAUGCAUUCUCCUUGUCUAUGAUUGCCGUUGAAAUUCCAUAUGUAGUUUUAUCAAGUACUUUGUUUUUCAUUGCAACCUAUUGGACCUCUGGUAUUGAUUCAACCGCUAGUGCAAACUUUUACUAUUGGUUAAUGCAUACAAUGUUUAGUGUUUAUAUUGUUUCAUUUGCUCAAGCUUUAGGUGCUGCAUGUGUUAAUAUCGCCAUUUCAAUCGCUGCUUUACCAAUUGUUCUCUUUUAUCUCUUUUUACUUUGUGGAGUUCAAAUUCCACCACCAGCAAUGAGUUCAUUCUAUCAAGAUUGGUUAUACCAUUUAAACCCUGCUAAAUAUUUCUUGGAAGGUUUAAUCACUACUGUAUUAAAACCAAUUGAAGUUUUAUGUACUGAUGUAGAUUUAAUUAAAUUCACUGCUCCAAGUGGUACCGAUUGUCAAACCUAUUCUGCACCAUUCCUCCAACAAGCUACUGGUUAUGUUGUUCCAUUAAGUAAUACUACAAACGAAUGUGGUUAUUGUAUUUACAGUUCAGGUUCUGAUUAUUUCGAAACAAGUUUAGGUUGGGAUUAUGGUCAUCGUUGGAGAAAUUUUGGAAUUAUUGUUGCUUAUUGGGGUAGUUCAAUUUUAGCAGUAUUAUUCUUUGUUUAUCUCACUCAAAAACCAAGACGUUAA